CACACACACACACACACGUACACACACACACAAGCGCACACAAUCACAGGAAAAACAAAUACAAAGGCAGCUUUUCCAGAAAUUGGGUCGCGUUCUUUUUUUUUCAGUUCUUUGGUUUUUGUUUUUGCCAUUUGGCAUUUGUUAUGGCAACUUUGGGCACAUGUUUCGCCUGAAUCGCAGGUGUGCCCAGUAGAUAAGUGAACCUGAACCCGCUUCCUCCAGUACAGCAGCACCAGCAGCAGAAGCAGCAGCGGCAGCAAUGAGCGUCGUUGGCAAGCAACUGAAUCCCGUGCAAACAAACUCUGCCGCCGUCGCCGUCGCCAACUCAACGGCGGCUGUCGCCGCGGCGGGCAGCAGCAGCGAGGUCAACAAUGCAAAUGCUGCCGCAGCAGUUGUCGCCGCCGCCGCCGCUGGCGAUGCCAAGCGCAAGGAGGAGUCCAAUGUAACGCCCGAGGAUGUGCUGCGACUGAACAAAAUCACGGACGACUAUCUGUGCUCGGCAAAUGCCAAUGUGUUCGAAAUUGACUUUACACGCUUCAAGAUACGCGACCUGGAGAGCGGCGCCGUCCUCUUUGAGAUAGCCAAGCCGCCCAGCGAGCAGUUCCCCGACGGCCUCUCCGUCGAGGACACCAUGCUGGCCGCCGCCGAGGAUCUAACGCUCGAUGACACUGCCGAUCCCAAUGCCGGGCGCUAUGUGCGCUAUCAGUUCACGCCGGCGUUCCUCAACCUCAAGACAGUGGGCGCCACCGUGGAGUUCACCGUGGGCAGCCAGCCCGUGAAUAAUUUUCGAAUGAUCGAGCGACACUUUUUCCGCGAUCGCUUGCUUAAGACAUUCGACUUUGAGUUCGGCUAUUGCAUUCCAUAUUCAAAGAAUACGUGCGAGCACAUCUACGAGUUUCCCAAUCUGCCACCAGAUCUGGUUGCUGAAAUGAUAUCAAGUCCCUUCGAGACGCGCUCGGACAGCUUUUACUUUGUGGAAAAUCGACUCGUGAUGCACAACAAGGCGGACUACGCCUACGACGGCGGGCUUAUUGUUUAACCACAGACAGCAGCAGCUAAACUAUGACUAAAAACUAGAGCAUACCUAAACUAAAACUAAAACUAAUACUAAAACAAAAGGCAGACACUCAUAUAAAAAGACACAAGACGACGACAACGCGCACAUGAAGCGAAAACCAAAGCAAGCAACAAAAACAACAAAACAAAACAAAACAAAACAAUUUAAUUAAAGGAAUAAAAACCAUUUUAGCCUUAGCACCAUGUUUUACCCACCAUUCCUGUUUAAUGUAUUUAUUAUGAUAAACAAAUACACACACACACACACACACACAUGCGCGCACACGCACACAUCCACACGCAAACUGUGUUCAUUUAUAAGCAAAAACUGUAAAACAAAACAAAACAAAAUAUUUGACUUAACGAAAACAAUUUAAUUUAUAAGUGCAAUGUGAUUUUCUCGCAACACACCUCCCUCCCAAGUAACCCUCAACUUAUUUAACUAAUUUGUAUUUAUUUAAUUGUACUUUAAGCCACACACAUAUUUGAAAUACAUAUACACAUCAA